AUGACUAACUUCGUGGCGGUGCAGGCCCCUAUAGAAUCGCAGGAAACGUCCGUUGAGGCCGCCAGAAAGAAUGAACGGGUGGUGAUGUGGAAAUUGUAUGGGUCUUUCCACAGGCACAACACGUUGUGUUCUUUCGUGGCAGUGGUGGAGGAUUUGAACUUUCUCAAGAAAAACAAGAACUUGUCUUACAACGAAAAGGUGUUGUACUACAUGAGGUUGCCCCACCACAUCAAACUCCAUUUCAGUGCGGGCAUGUUGGGAUUCAGAAAGAGCAAUAGGGCCGAGUACGAGGCUGCGUAUCAGGUCAGCACGCGUUUGUUCAAGGCCAUUGAGGAAAAGAACCUUCUUGCGCCAAGCGACAAGAUUGAAAUUGUGUUGAAAGACUUCGGCAAGGGCAGAGAGGCGUUUUCGUCUGCUUUGCAGGGUAAGGAGGGUGCCUUCAUCCGGCCACACGUCGUUAGGGUGACGGACAACACCAAGUUAAAGUUCGGUGGUGCCCGGCCCAAGAAGGUGCGUCGUUUGUAG